UUGCCUUGAAAAUCCUGAAAAAAUAUUCCAUACUCUACCUCUAGCACAUGAAGUGAGUGAAAAUGUCGUUUGAGGCGAGGAUUUUGGAUUCCUUAAGACCCAUAUUCCCGCAGCUAAAUGACCGCGUUUUAACGGAAUGCAUAAGGAAUGUUCAAGAAACCGUUGGAAGUGAUCCCGCCACUAUAUUACCCGGAUGCAUUGACAUGCUCUUGAGUAGAACUAUUAAUGAAGAAAAUUUAACGGCAAACAGAUCAGUUGUGCCUGUGACAAAACCUACAAACGAAAAAGCAAACUCGUUUGUUAUAGAAGAAGACGAUGAUGUAGUGUUUGUCUCGAAAACGAGCCGUGUUCAGACAGCGGCUGCAACCAGAAUUGCACCAAUGAUCAUUGAUGACGUGGAGAUUACGGCAUACCACUCUUCGUCCACCCCGAGAGGCGCAUCUAAUCCACCUCCGCUAAAUGCUGGUUGUAACACAAGGGACCUGAGCCGAAAUCUUUCGUUCGAAGGAGAGACACAAUUUCCUCGUGCGCCAUUUUCGAAUAUGCCGUCAGCGAAUCUUCAAGAUUCUAAUCGACAUGUUCAGGUUACACACGCUCAACAUCCUCUAGAUCCCACAGAAGGAGCUAUGGAAAACCUUCACGCUCUAUUCCCUGAUGUAAGAGAUGAUUAUCUUCAAAGCUUGCUUGACAGGUGGUCACAUCUCCCUCGAGAUGUGGCCAUCAAUCAUGCUUGCAAUGAGUUAAUUGAGAAACGUGAUUAUCCUAAGAAAGCAUCUAAAUUAACUAAUCCUCUGGGAACCAAUACUUCUGGAAAUGUCUGUGUAGAGAAAGACUUCUUCAAAGACUUUUCAGGUCCAGUGUCAUUGCAAUACCAAAAUCAGUGCUUAGUUUUACUUCAAAAUGAAUUCAGAAUGAUUCCCAAGGGGCAUAUUAAGAAAGCUUUGCAAAUAUUUCGAUAUCACUAUGCCCCGAGUAGAAGAUAUCUGCAGGAACAACUUUGCAUUUCUACACAAAGGGAUGCAACUGCCACAGUGACAGCUGCACCCUCUUGUCAACUCACAAGUAAGGUGCCAUUAGCCACUGUUGGUGAGACUCCCUAUGCACUUAGCCAGCGACCACCUCAAAUUCAACUUCUUAGGUGUGGACGCUCUCCAGUACAGUCAAAUUACUCACCAUUUAACAUGGAUGAGGAACUUUUAAGGGAGAUGGAGUAUGUGAAAAAGUGGGAUCUUUCUAGAACUGCAGAGAAGGAUCGAUUAUUUGCCUUAAGCUUAAAUGACCAGCAGUAUGAAGAAGAAGGCCAGAAAAUUGAAUGUGGCUGUUGCUAUGGAGAUGCAGCUUUUGAAGACAUGGUUCAGUGCCUGGAUGGUCAUCUUUUCUGUGCAAGUUGUCUGAUGAACUAUGCAAAGGAGGCUGCUUUUGGCCAAGGUAAGACAACUCUUGUGUGCAUGAGUGAUGGUUGUGAAGGCACAUUUCCCAUGAGUCAACUGAAGAAGGCCUUGCCGGCCAAAAUCCUGGAGAAAUAUGAAGAUCGUGUGCAAGAGGAAUCCCUUACAUUGGCCCAAAUGGAUGAUUUUGUGCAGUGCCCCUAUUGUGAUUUUGCAGCAAUUUUGCCACAGGAAGAGAAAGUUUUUAAAUGCCAGAAUCCUUCUUGUGCCAAAGAAACCUGUCGGUACUGCAAAGAGGAAUGGUCUGAUCAUUUUGGCUUAAAGUGUACUGAGGUUGAAAAAUCAGCACAGAAGGAUGUGAGGCUUUCAUAUGAAGAAAGAAUGACAAUGGCAAAGAUAAGAAAAUGCCCAAAGUGUGGGUGCGAGUUCACCAAAUCAGAUGGGUGCAACAAAAUGACAUGUCGGUGUGGAGCCACAAUGUGCUAUGUCUGCCGUAAGCCAAGUAUUCAUUAUAACCACUUUUGUCAGCAUCCAAAGGAUCCUGGAAAGCCGUGCACAAAAUGCAAAAGUUGUUCGCUGUGGAGUGAUCCUUCCGAAGAUGAUAACCGUGCAGUGAAGGAACUCGAGAAGGAAGCCCAAGAAGCAAAGAGGAAGUUUGAGGCAGAAUCAGAGGACAUCCCAGCUAAAAGGGUGAAGAAUGUAUGAGAACUAUAUUAGAGAUGUAGCUCCUUGAGAGUGUGAAUUACAGUAAGGUUAUAACAUGAAAUUCAUGUCCUUUGGCAGUUGGCAAGAGGAAGGAUUAGAAACAUUAGAAGGUACUUUCUAUUCAUUUUGUCACCCCAUUUCAGAAAUUGUGAUGUUACACCAGAAGAUUUUCAUCUUUCAUUUUACAAAUUAUUGUCAACAAAUACUCAAAUGAGGGUUACAUAUAUAUGCUUCACCUUUAGGGUUUAUGUUUAUGUAAAAGUAAAGAACUUGUUAUUAUACUGAAGUUCUGAACAUCAGACUUCAAAUUUGGUCAUUUGUGUAAUCUUGUGUGAAAGCAAUUUCUUACCAAAAAAAGUAUUUGAGAAUUGAAAAGUAGUGAUCUCAAGAGUAUCGGUUGUUUGAAACGAGGCAAUUCAGGGAGCAAGCUUAAAUAUUCUUUCAGCAAGAAGGACUGCCAGUUUUACAUUUUCUGUUUUAGUUUGAGGAUUUCUCAAACCUGAAUUAUCAUAUGAUCACAAUGAUCUCCAAAACAUUACAUUUCAACUUAUUUGUAAUAAGUGCUCAAAAAUUUAAAUGUACUGUGUCUCUUAUGCAGAUGGAUAAAGAAAUCAAGAUGCACCAGAUACAUACAUGUAGAAGGCACUUGGAAAGAACCAUGCACAAAUAUCUGUUCUCUUCAUCCCCUUUACUUAUGACUUUUGUAUGCAAUAUUUGUGUCAUGCCAGGCUGAGAAUCUUACUUGUACUUGCAGAAAAAAAGCAUUGAAUAUAUUUUUUUGUGGGUAAAAUACAUUUUCCUAUGUACAUUUCCUACAGCCCUUGAUAUAAUUGGGGUCUGACAUAUUUUGAAAAUUUAAGACUACGUGUGAGAAUAUUGCAUUAGCAACAGUUUCCUAUUGAACUUUUUAGGGUUGGUAAAAUCUUAGAAUUUACUACCAUGCAACAACCUCAUGCAUGGGAUUUAAAUUGAAACUUUAAUUGUACACAAUGUAAUUCUGUGAAAAAUGAAAAACAAAAAAAUAUAUUUUUAUAUGCAAAUUAACACAAUAUUUUAUUAUUUGCUAUAAUUGAUGUCACAUUUAAGUUGAUAAUAUGAAUUUAAUGAACCAAUUAGUGUACUGAAUUCUCUAUUCGAAGAGUUUUAUAAUUUCUGUUCCUGUGACACUCUAGCAGUUAAUAAUCAUUAGCAUGCAUAACCCAGGGCUUUGUGUACAUGUAGUUUCAAGUGUUCCAGUUCUAUUAUCACGUUACAUUUUUCUGAGUCAUUUCUGACCACUGCUUAAUGUUAGAAAUUAAAUAAAUGCAACCUUCUAGGCUUACAGAUUGAUAGAUAUCCAUUUGUAACUUGUGCAUGACCUUACUAUAAGUCUUGAAUUUCAGUACCAGUUCUCUCCCAAAUAUGAUGGGAAAGUUUGAAAUGGCUGAGUGGACCUCUUUAGCCAGUGCAGUAUGUUUAGUUCCUAAUGAGGAUCAUGUGACAAUACUUUGGAGAACUGAGUCUUCCAAACUUUGUCCAUAGGCAUAAUUACAAAACAUAAAGGGGGAAUUCAUCAGGAAGACAAGUCAUACGAUCAAAGAAGUCUUGCAAUAAGAGGUAGUACCUUUUAGAUUGUGCUAGUAAAGUAGCUAGUUAUGCUUCUA